AUGCUAGAUUUCCUGAGAAAAGCCUUCCAAAAGGCCCCAGCAAAGCUCUAUGGACUCGACCAUGCCGUCCUCAACAUCCAACUCCCGCCGCAGUCAAUGUGGAUGAACAUAGGGUAUUGGGAGGUACACACAAAUGACUUCCCAACAGCAUGCGAAGCCCUACUAGAGCAAGUUGUCACAACAGCCCUAUCAAAAGAGAAAGCAUCAUCUAUUCAAAUCCUCGAUGUGGGUUGUGGAUGCGGUGAUCAAUCACUAUACCUAUUCAAGACUCUCAGGGCUUCUCCCACCCCAGAAAGCUCUCAACCCCCAGAUCCACAAACAUCAGAACAAAGUCUACGUCGUCGACAAUCAGGAUCUCGAACAGAGACAGAACACCAACCACCACCACCAUUCCCAACCCUAAAAUCCUACAUCGGAAUUACACUCGAACAAACCCAAGCAAGAUACGGCUCCAACCGUCUCCACGACCUCCAACACCAAACCCCAGACCGAAACAUCCAAGCAGAAAUAUUCUGCUCCGACGCCGGAACCCCCAAUUGCUGGACAGGCGACCUGAAACAAUCCAUCAACACCCUCGAAACAGCCUUGCCAGCACCCACCUCCUCAACCUGGCUCCUGGCCCUAGACACAAUGUAUCAUUUCCGACCAACCCGCCUCCCACUACUCACAUACGCGCGAACAAAUCUAAACGCAAACCUAAUGGCCUUCGAUCUCAUCAUCGCGGAUGAUAUUCCCUGGCAUCAGAAACUGCUAUUGAGGGUCCUGUGUUGGUUGACGAAUACGCCGUUCGGGAACCUGGUUUCUAGGAGUGAUUAUGUGGACAUGCUUGUUCUGGCUGGGUAUGAUCGUUCGCAGAUUGAGAUUAGGGAUGUGACGAAGUUUUGUUUUCGGGGGUUGGCGGAUUUUAUUCAGCGGCGGGUUGAGGAGGGCGUGCCGUUUGGGUUGAAGAUGGGGAAGUUUAAUGUUGCGAGGAGGAUGUUUGCUUGGUGGGCGAGGGGGGAUAUUGUUAGAGGUGUUAUUGUUGUUGCUAGGGGUGGGAAGAGUGAGGAAUAG